AAGCCAGGGUGAAGGCGCAGUGGCCAGGGAAGAGCUCCAAGGUCUGCAGAUUGGACAGGCAAGGCCCUGCCGUGGGGCCGCAAAAUGUCGCUCCAGGGGAAAACUUGAAAGUUUCUCUCAUCGUCAGCUUCUCCGUGUUCAGAAGAAGGACAGCCCUCUCACCAGAAUGAAUCAGAAUCCUACAAGAAUUGCAUCGAUAUCUGAGAGCAGUACCAGUGGUGACCUCAUGAUCUCCUCGUCAGUUCUGCCUGUGAAGGGUCCCACCAUCUCUAACAUCACCACACUGGAGCCUCAGCUUCUGAGACAGGAACUCUUACAGAUGAGCCACAGACUAGAGCACGUUUAUGCGCACCACGGGAGCACAUGCUAUCAGUGCUGGCGGAGAGUUUGGGGGUAAGGAGGUGACCUACAAUGGACUGGCUCAUGAGGGAGAAACAGGAACACACCAGUCCAUGCUGGACAAGAAUGACAUCACCUUCCAGCUUCUGCCUCCUUCUGCUCCAAGCGCUAGGCAUCGUUGCCCUUGGCCACUUCACAAAAGCUCAGAACAACACACUGAUUUUCACAAAAGGAAAUACCAUUCGCAACUGCAGCUGCCCAGUAGACAUCAGGGACUGUGACUACAGUUUGGCUAACUUGAUAUGCAGCUGUAAGUCUAUCCUGCCUUCUGCCAUGGAGCAAACCAGCUAUCAUGGCCAUCUGACCAUCUGGUUCACAGAUAUAUCCACAUUGGGCCACGUGCUGAAGUUCACUCUGGUCCAAGACUUGAAGCUUUCCCUAUGUGGUUCCAGCACCUUCCCCACCAAGUACCUGGCUAUCUGUGGGCUGCAGAGGCUUCGCAUCCAUACUAAGGCCAGGCAUCCCUCCCGGGGGCAGAGUUUGCUCAUCCACAGCAGAAGGGAAGGCAGUUCCUUGUACAAAGGCUGGCAAACAUGUAUGUUCAUCUCAUUCUUAGAUGUGGCUCUUUUCAACGGGGACUCAUCUUUAAAGUCAUACAGUAUUGACAACAUUUCUAGCCUCGCCAGUGACUUUCCUGACUUUUCUUACUUUAAAACGUCCCCAAUGCCAAGCAACAGAAGCUAUGUUGUCACAGUUAUUUACUAGCAUCCUGUGUCCCUCCACCAGGAACUCUAAAAAAGAAAAGAAAAAAAAAAGCAUUUGAACAGGAAUCUGGGAAUAAGGUCGUAAGACAGUUGUCCCUGUUCCUUCUCUUCGCCUCCGUUUACAACAAAGCCACACCUAAGAGCAGCCAGCUCUCGGUUCCACUUUCAAUGCCAAGAGCAAUUUGACUCCUGAACUUUGUCCCAAGGGCCAGCUAGAAGCCAGGUCUCUGCAACUGGUAGCCUGUGGAGAGCUGUCAGGUGAGAAGGGGACAGAGUAGUGCACACCAGGGUCUACUUCAUGGAGCUCAGUAUAGUCAUAGCCCCAAGGAAGGGACCUUCUUUCAGAAUGCAGUUAACUCUUCCUUACCUGUGUGGGUGCAUUCCAAGAGCCUGCGGACACCUGAAUGAGUGAACAGUACUAACCCUAUGCAUACUGUAUUUUCCGAUAGAGACUUUUGACAAAAUCUAACUUAUAAAUUAAGAUCACUGGGGGGUUAAGGAAAAACUUUAACAUACUGUAAGAAAGUCGUGCAAACACGCUCGCUCACACCAUUACACUGUGCUCGCGCUUCCCGUGACGACCGCUCUCUUUGGCUUAGAAACAUUUCCAGCUCUGCUACUUUGUACAUGAUGGCUAUUACGGAAUAAAACACAGGGUUGCUUUGUUUGUUUUGGUCAGUCUGACAACAGAGAGCAGUCACUGAGGGGCUGCUGGGUGGCAGUGUAUUUAGGGUUUCUAGGACAGGCAAGCAGGCGACUCUGUCCCAGGUAGAUCAGGCAGGAGCCCACUCUUUACCCUCCCCAGAACAGCUUGAAGUUUAAAACUUCUGAUUUAUAGAUGAAACUGUAUUUCAGGGACCACAGUGACCCUCUUCUUUCUUUUCCUUUUCAUUUUGUGACAUGGUCUGGAAUUCCCAUUCAAAAAUGACACAUUUCUUAAGUUUGGGGACCUAAAUUCCUCUAGACGGAUAUUUUCCAGAUAGUUAUGAAGAACAAAUGCAUUGAGAGACUGGAGUUUAAAAGUGUGUUUAUGGACUUGGGAAGGUUGUGUGGGACCUUAACUCUCCCGGAAGGUGUCAGGGUUCCAAGAGAGGGGUGCACGAAUGAAGACAUUUGCCCAGACUGUUAGCCUCAAAUUUACACACACAGCAUUGUUGUGUGGGGAAGUCCUUUUCUGGUCUCUCUUCACUUUCACAGAGCAGUCACAGAGCAGACCACAAGGCUCUUUGGCUCUUCCCUUUCCUCUCCUCUGCAUCUGUUUAAGCAUCUUUGUUCCCUCUAUCCCUGAUCUUAUCACUUGCCCUCCCAUCAUCCCUUUCCCUCUUGCUCCUGAAUUCAGAACUUAGAUUACUGUCAGUACAAUUGUUAAGCACCCGAGGGCUAGCUGGGGGGAAUCUAACAAUCACGUCAAACUUGGUGCUCAAACUACAAAGAAUUAAUUUUAAAAUGAAAAUCUGGCCCUUAUUCCAUCUGGGAUUUUAAAAUGAGAAAGUUACUUCAUGGAGGUAGUUAACACAAAAUUGUAUUAUACGUACUGAUAAGAGGAACCACAGCAAUUACUAAAUUGUUCACCAUUACAUAAAGAAAAGUUCCCCUGUAAUAAAGACCAGAUUUACCAUUCCCAUGCAUUCUUUUUAAAGCCCGUGUGAGGAGGAGGGAGAGGGAGGAGGAGGGAGAGAUGGCUCAGAGCUGGAAAGCAGGGUGCUGCUCCUUCCGAGCCCUGAGUUCCUCACCCAGCGCCCUCACUGGCUCCCUCACAGCCAUCUGUAGCUCCAGUGCAGAUCCAAGCCUCCUGGAGGCUCUCUUCUGGCCUUCACAGGGACUUGUACGUACGUGGCAUACACACCAUAAACGAAUAUGAAUAAAACCCAAAGCUAAAUGUAAACCCAAGCCUGCUGUGACACAAAUGUCUAAGCUUAGACAAAGUUGAAACGUUGCUGAUUCAAGAUACCACGAUGGAAAAUAAUAAUUUUAUUGUAAAAGCACAGGUUAGUCACGUCAUAUUUUUAUCUUGACCUUAACAUUACUGCAUUAGCAUAACUGGCAGGGGAUUUGGUCAUUCUGGCUAAUUAACUCGGGUCUACAGUGCCAGCAUUUAAAUUAGGCCAAAACGAAGUCCAAACUGUGAAUUUUAAUAGAAAAUGUAAUGGCCUCAUUACUGAUAUAGUUCAGAGGUUAAAGUGAGAAAAAGACAAGGAGUUGGGGGGAAAGAGAAAGCAAGAAAGAUGUAAAUCAAAAGAUAAACUGCAUGUAUUAAUCAUCAUUCUGCAUAUAUCACAAACUGGAUUUUGAUGGAAACUGAUUCAUGUUUUUAAAGAGUGGGGUUAGAAAUUCUCUGUGCCUGUAAGUAACUUCCACCCAGUAACUAGCUGGUACUGGUUCAAGAGCUAUGCACAUCUGGUUUAUGUGAUUCUAGGAUAAAUUGUAGAGGGCUGUCUGGCCUGGGGCCAGCAGUGUGUCACCUGGGGCCAGCUGGUAAAAGUAGGCAUCAUUUCAAAGAGGAGGAGGAAGACAUAGAUCUUUGUCACACCCAUAAGGUGGCAUAUAAAGAUUGUGAAGCACACAAUUUAUGAAUAACAAUUAUAAACAUUAUCCUUUACUAAGUUCUGUACAAUUCUCAAAUAAUGUUUCGUUAGAUUUUUGCCAAGUUCUUGUAUCUAAAGGUUGGAAUGCUGAGAAAAUAAGGCUCUCAUAUAAACAGUCUGAUGCUCUCAUUAUGUUAGGGAUACAUGUAGCGUUAAGAUGCAAAUAUACUUAGAAAUGUCACUUGUUGGUCAAUGAUAUAAAUACUUUUUACAGAAUUAAGUAAUAUUUUCAAAUACUAUAGGAAUUUCCUUAAUUUGGGAUACUAUUUGCAAUGUAAAGGUUAUAGAUAUGACACAUUUUAUAAGUUAAUAUGUGUUUCUCUAUCAUAUCCAACAAAAUAAAAAAUAUGACUGCUAUAUACAGCUCUUUAUAGUUUUAGUGAUGCCAAUACUGUGACUAUGAUUAGUUUCAAACUAUUAAGAGAACAGAGCUGAGAAAAGACACAGUAUACUGAGAGUACAGCUCAACAGGAAAGAGCUUACCCACCCAGCAUACACGUGUGCCUGAUUAAAAUCCCAGCCCAGCAUACAUAUACGUAGCACACUCCCUUCUAGAUGCAAGAGUCGCACAGGACUUCAAGAGCAUGAGUAAACGUGUAAGAGAGUAAGACAACUGCAAAACCAUGAACUCUGCUGUGAGAGUGACCUCGGUCCUCUCCCAGGACAAUCACAACAAGGGAACAGGCAAGAAGAGGGCAGACAUAGAAUGCUGGGUUCACUGGAGGUGAGGCAGGUGGGCUGGACACGUGGGAUGCUGUACUAUCUACCAGGGACAGGACUUGGUAACUCCCAGGAGCUUGGGUUAGGGUCUGAGCACAGCGGUCAGGCAGGUGGCUGAGGGAGUGUGGUGAGGAGUGGUUUAGGCAACCGAGGAUGCGAGGAGGUCCGACUGGAGUAGUGAUGGGGCUGAGGGUAAAUGAGAGAAUGCGAAGGAUGGCACUAGAAAAUGCACCCACACCGCAGCUACAGUUAUAGAUAAGCCGUGUUGUUCCGAAUCUCCUCAGUGUUCAAAGUGCAGGCAAUGUCUUCUGUGAGAAAAGGAUACUUAGAAGUCCACUUACAGAGGUGAUAAAUACAAAGCUCCGCCUUAUUCUUCUCUCUGUAAUCAUGCUGAAAUAUUGCUGCAUAGCUUUGCUGGCUCCUGGUAAAACUCAAAAUAUACAUACACAAAAGAAACAUUAAUUCUUUUGUGUUUUAUAUCUAUAGGGGAUGUUUAUGACCUCAUUGUCUUAAAAAGUUCUGAGCUUUAAAAUUCUCCCCUGGGGGGAAAUCAUGUACAGAUGACAGUAAUAGAACACAGACCAUAGUGUGGUGCUUUUAAGAAAGGACACAAUGGUAAUUUGGCUUUUGCACUGGUCAUAUAUGUAUUUAAAGUAUAAACUGUGAGUUAGAUUAUAUCCCAUAUAUUUAGGUCAUACUUCAUGUAAUCUCAGUGCCAAGGAACUCUGGCUUUGAGCACACUCUGUGUAGCGGGCAGAGGGCAGAGACUGAGCUGGACAAAGCGCCCGCAGCAGCUCCUUUCCUACAGCUGCUGCAGGCGACGUUUACUGUAGGAGCUGACAUUCCGGAGCUAUUGUUAAUUGUCUUGCAGGAUGAUGUCCUGUCUUCAUUCUGAAAAUCCUUACACAUUUUAUAACAAUAAAGACACUUACUGCCCAUUGGUACAUGUGCUAAUUUAAAAAUAAUGAUAAAAAAAAACCCUCUAGAUCUUUAGUCUGGGUCAGGUCACUAUUAAUGGCUCCAUGAGGAAAGUAUUAUUUCACUGAAUUAGAAUCAGGAGCUAAAUUUUGGUAGAGGUUGAAACAAGUAAUUUCAAUUUGAGAGGGAGUGGUAUUAGAACCCCAUGCACACUAAUCACACACCUUGCUUUUGGGCCCCAUAGUAGAUAGACCUAGGAGUUUCUAAAUUUCCUUAGUUAGGACAUUAGCACAUUCCUCCAGUCAUGUGCUAUGGAUGGAGGUACUCCUCUCUACUCAUACGCUAAUUGCAGUAACUGCAUAUCUCAGAGCAUUUUCACCCGAGAAAAAGGUGUAUCUGAAACAUUAUUCAGCUAGUAAACUUUUAGAAGAUUGAUUUAAUUGAAGAGAUUAAAAAAAUUAAUAUAAGAAUAUAAAGACUAACUUAUUCUAGACUGUGGUGGUUGUGAGGUUGGUGUGUUUAUUGCUGUCUGGGUUCAGGCUCUCACUACUCAGUCCUGACUGGCCUAGAACUUAUGAUGUAGACCAGACUGGUCUGGAACUCAAGAGAUCCACCUGCAUCAGCUUGGCUUCUAAGUUUUUUAAAAUUUGAUACAUUCUAAGUAAGUUCACACAACAAAAUAAAAUGUCAACAACAACAACAUUAAAGGGGAAAUGAUAAGGGCUCCAGGGCACCUACAAACAUCCAUCCAACUCCAGGGAGUCCUGAGAAGAGGGCCUGUCGGUCUCUCCUGAGCUCCUGCACCCAACCUGUUCCUCCUCGCAUGCUACACUGGCUAGUUUUCCUGGUUUAUACGUUUCCAUGGUGCAUUAGUCAGGGUUCUAGAGCCACAGAACUUAUGGAAUGGAUCUCUGUAUCUAUGUAAAGGGGAGUUAUUAGAAUGGCUUACAGGCCGCAGUCCAGCUGAUCCAACAAUGACUAGCUGUGAGGGAAAGAAUCUAGCAGUUGCUCAGUCCCAUAAGGCUGCAUAUCUCAGCUGGUCUUCUGCAUAAGCUGGACUCCUGAAGAAGAAGAAGCCUCUAAUGCCAGUGGAGGGAAGAUGCGCUAAUAAGCAGGGGGCAAAGAGCAGGCAAAGAGCAAAGCUGCUUCUUCCAUGUGCUUGUAGAGACUUCCAGCAGAAGGCCUGUCUUCCUGCUGCAAGAUCUGGAUCACAGGCACUGAGUGGGAGGGAGGCUGCCACACGUAACGGCUCCGUAUAAGCGCGGAAGACGCAUUGCAGCAACACGCUCCGAGACGACAGACUACACUCGCUCCUCUCA